AUGAACUCGCGCUCUCUCCUCGCGCACGGUGCGCCGCGCCCGACAUGGGCCAGGGCGCAGGGGCGCCGGUCGACGGUCCAGGCCCCAGCGCGUCCGCGGGAAUGGCGGUUGAUGGCGGAGGGAGACGCGGCGGGGGCGCGCACGGGCCUCUUGCCUGGCACCGAACUGCAGGGCGACGGGCCGGCGGUGACGCUGACGGACAUGCUCCAGGAGAGCUCGGGGGACAGCCGGCCGCGCUUCGUCUCGCCGAUCGCCGACGUCCCUGGCCGCGACCCGUCCGCGCUGCCGCUCAUGGUGUACUUGCCAGGCAUCGACGGCACUGGCCUGGCCGCCGCACGGCAGUUCCCGCGCCUGAUGGAGAAGUUCGACCUGCGUGCGAUGACCAUUCCACCACAGAACAGGAGCGGGUUCCGGGAGCUGGUGCGGACAGUCAUCCGGUACAUCGAGGCCGAGUGCGCGGGCGCAGACAUCCACCGCCCCGUGUACAUCCUCGGCGAGUCCUUCGGCGGUCUGCUCGGGGCUGCGGUCGCCGAGGCGCUGCCCGACCUAGUGCACCGCGUCGUCAUGGUGAAUCCGGCAACGUCGUUUUCUCGGACGAACUGGCAGACGGUGGGGCCGCUGCUGGGCGCGGUGCCGGACCAGGCGUACGCAGCGCUCCCGUUCGCGCUCUCUCCCGUGCUCGGGAACCCGCUGCAGAUGGCCGCGGCUGGAGCCGGCAUCGAACUGCCCGCCACGCUGCAGGAUGCGCUCGGGCGGCGUCCUAACGGCCUUGACAACAUGUCACCGCCCGAGCUGGCGCAGCGCUUCGUGGCCGCGAUCGUCGACCUCCUACCAACGCUCGGCAGCCUCUCAGAGAUCUUGCCGCGCGGCACGCUUCUGCACAAACUGAAGUUGCUCGGGCAGGGAUGCGAGUACAUGGAGGCAAACAAUGAUGCGCGGUUGAAACGAGUUCGACAGCGCGUGCUCGUCGUCACGGGAGCCAAUGACCUCCUCCUCCCUUCAGACGAGGAGGGGGAGCGUUUGGCGCGCUUGAUGCCAUGUGCCAGGUCGGUGCUGCUGGAGGGGCGCUCGCAUGCGCUGUUGCAAGAGUCUGGAAUCUGCCUGACGAGCAUCCUCGUCGAGCAAGACUUCUACAUCACGAGACGGAGGUUCACAUCGCCCGCAGGCAACAAACCGCGGCCAUCGAACCCGAAGCCUGGUACGGUGGCGCCGCUCGAAAUCCCCACGAAGGGCGACGUCGUUGCGGACUGCAAGGAACUCAACAUCGAGUUGUUGCAGCGGGUCUGUUCCCCAAUCUUCCUCAGCACGGCAGAGGACGGUACCGUGGGAUUCGGCUUGGACCGCGUCCCGGAUCAGGGCCCGAUCCUUCUUGUCGGGAACCACCAACUCUUCGCGCCGGACCUCGGCGUCAUCAUCCAGGCGUUCGCCAUCGAGCGCGGGAUUCUACCUCGCGGUCUCGCGCACCCGGUCAUCUUCUCCAACCCCGGGAGCAGCUACCUUUCGGACGACGGCGAGACUGACGAUGACGAUGCGUGGUUCAAGUCCCGGUUCGGUCAAGCUCCGGCUCGUUCGCCUGGCGGAGGGGCCGGAGGCCUCGGUGCCCUGUUCUCGCGCUACGGCGCCGUGCCCGUCAGUCCAACGAACCUGUUCAAGCUCAUGAAAGCGAAGGAGGUGGGCCUGCUGUUCCCGGGCGGGGUGCGGGAGGCGUACAAGCGGCGUGGGGAAAAGUACCAGCUGUUCUGGCCAGAGCGCGCCGAGUUCGUUCGCAUGUGUGCCCGCCACGGAGCGACCAUCGUGCCUUUCAGUGCUAUCGGAGCAGAGGAUUCGGUUGACAUCUUCUUGGACUCGUCGGAGCUCCUCGACAGCCCCCUCUUUGGCAACAGUGUGCGGCAGGGACUGGAUGAUAUUCCGAGGGCGCGCCGCGGGGUCAGUGCCAACGACUACGACGAGGGCGACUUCGUGCCUCCCAUCCCGACGCCCAGGGUCCCGUCGCGGUUCUACUUCAAGUUCCACCGCCCGAUCAAGAUGAAGCCGUCCGACUUGGAUGACAAGGAGUACACGCAGCAAGUGUACAGCACGGUCAAGGCGGAGGUGGCGGACGGGAUCUCGUACCUGCUGCAGCGGCGAGAGGACGACCCAUACAGGGACACGGUGCGCCGCCUCGUGUACGAGACCCGCACUGGCAAGCAGGCACCCACCUUCACCCUCGAUUAG